AUGAGGGACGGGCCGAGAAGGGAAGGGUCGUUAAAGGUGCGGGUUAUCAGGGGGAGGAACCUCGCCAUCAGAGACAUCCGCAGCAGCGAUCCUUACGUCACCCUCAGCUGGAGGAACAAGGUUCCUUCCCCACUUCUCUCUCUCUCUCUCUCGCACUAUCUAUUUAUCUUUGCCGUCCUCAGCUGGAAAUAACACGGUUUUUCCCGCAACUCUCUCUACCUCCGUCUUUCUCUCUCUGUCAAUCUUUGCCACCGUCAGUUUGAGGUUCCUUCCCCCAACUCUCUCCAUCUCCGUCCUUUCUCUCUCUAUAUAUCUUUGCCGUCCUCAGCUGGAUGAACAAGGUCCUUCCCCAAAUUCUCUAUCUUUCUCCUUCCUCUUCGGCCGUUUGUGUAGUGUGAUUCCUAAAGGUUUGGAUCGGUGAACGCGUCCCGGAUGAGAGGGCGGACGCGGGGGAGAGAGGGAGAGGGAGAGAGAGAGAAAUAUAUAUUUGACUUUGAAAACGUGUGAGCACGGGAAAUGGGCCGAGUUGGGCGGAAUUAGAUUUCUGGUGGUCAGAUUCCUUGCGAAUCCAAUUGCAACGCCGAAGCGCGUAUUCCCUAAGGCGGCCGUGGGACCACCCUGAGGAAAGGAACCAUCAUAGAAACUGGUGAGGAUUCCAAAUUGGCUUUGCCGGCCUGAUUUGGGGGUAUUCUAAUAAAUAAUAAUAAUAUAUAUGUACAUGAAUAUUCUUUAAACCUUUGGUUUGUAUUGGAAAUUUAGUGACUAUUGGUUCCCAAAGCCUUGGCUUGAGUUUUAUUUUCAUUGUUUAUCAGCAGCUUAUUUACUAGGUUGAGAAGCGAAUUUUACUACUAACAGAAGAAUUUAUUCUUUUUAACAAUGUACGAGGCUUACAAUUAUUCAUGGUUAAUGUUCUUCCUUUGUCCUUGCUUUUUUCUUUUAUGAUUUCCUACAGCGUGUAAAGACAAAAGUGAUGAAAAAAAAUGUCAACCCAGAGUGGAAUGAGGACCUGACCUUAUUCGUACAAGAUCCAAGUAUCAAUAUCAAGCUGGUGAGUCCCUGAAGUGCUCUUUGUGAGUCAUAAUAAUGUCCAUGGAUCUCUUUUAAUAUAUGGUUAAUUGACUUCUAAGCUUCUCAUCAUUGUACAAAAGGAGUUUGAAAAGCAGAGUUAGAUUGGCCAACAUGGUCUCCAAUCUUAAUUUCAAUUAGAUUAGGUGUUGACCAAUUUAGCCACAUGAUGCCCCCAUCAUUAGCUACUAUGUUCAUCUCAUAUAUAAACCAUUUAAUUUGAUGAUUUUGGAAUGAUAAUACAAUUAAACCAACUCUAGUACUUUUUGAGUAGAGGCUAGAAAAAAAUAAUAUCAGAUCAUCCCACAUACCCUCUAAAUUCAUUAUGAUCAUCUCAAUCAUCAUUUGAUUACAAGACACUAAUAUUGUAAACUAUGGAAUUAUACCAUAGGCUGACAAAUUCAAUAAUAUUGCAUACAAUUCUAUCAUGCCAUGAAAAUUUCUUUUGGACACCAUUGAACGCUAGUGAGAUGUUUCAAUUGCUAUUUGGGUGUGCUGGUUUAGCAUUCCAAAUUAUUGAAUGAUACUAUCUAUAUGUUAAAUUCAUUGUAGCUAUCAUUACAAUUUCAUAAAUCAUCUCAUAUAUUAAUUGAUUCAUUAAAACUGACAAUUUAACUAACUAGAAAAUUCUUAGCAACUAAAUCUACUUAAGGCAGUAUUAUAUCCUAUACUAUUUGAAGUUAAUGAGUCAUUGAUUGUUGGAUCAUUGUCUGAACUAUGUCACUUCUAGGAUAUUAAUAUCGUAAAUCAUUAGACCAUCUAGUAAACUAAUAGACAAACUAUUACAUUAUGUCUUAUACUAUUCCAAGUCAUUGUAGAAAUAAUCAACUAUUACAUUAUUUGAUUUUUUGUAUAACACCACCCUUCAAUCAAGAUAAUGAAAUCUAGAGAAUCAUAUCAGUCCAUUGAAAUUUAUAGUUGUAAGUGCACUUAGUUAAGUUCAUCUUAUUAUAGUAAUUCAUAAUGACAUAGAUUUUUUUUGAGUAUUUCAGGAAGUUUUUGACAAGGAUACCUUCACCCCUGAUGACCCCAUGGGUAAUGCAGAGAUUGACAUAAAACCACUUGUGGAAGCUGGAAGGAAAGAAUUAGGGACUCUCAUGAACAAUGGCAUUAUAAGGAUAGUAAGUCCCAACUUAAGGAAUUGCUUGGUGGGUGAGAGCAAGAUCCAUAUCUACAAUGGGAAAGUUGUCCAAGACAUGAUCUUGAGGCUUAAGGAUGUAGAAUGUGGAGAAGUGGAGUUGAGGUUAGAGUGGGUCAAUAAUAUGAGGGAUCGGUGA